AACCUACCACAAGUUCAUCUUUGCCCGCAUUUCUCUUCCUUUCUUUAGUGACUUCAAUCUAGCAGAUUAUGACUACCUGCCAGUAUCUUCCGAAAUCAAAGAACUCUUUGAGUACAUCAAGAGGUACACUCCCAAAACAAUAGAGAUUGAGCACAAACUGCAGCCUUUUAUUCCGGACUUUAUUCCUGCAGUUGGAGACAUCGACGCGUUCCUAAAGGUUCCCCGUCCCGAUGGCAAGCCUGAUAACCUUGGCCUGCUGGUCCUGGACGAGCCGUCGACCAAGCAGUCAGAUCCCACCGUGCUCUCCCUUUGGCUGACAGAGAACUCCAAGCAGCACAACAUCACACAGCAGAUAAAAGUGAAGAGUUUGGAGAAUGCGGAAAAGAACUCCAAAGCCAUUGACAGCUGGAUUGAAAGUAUCAGCGAACUGCACCGCUGCAAACCUCCUGCCUCGGUCCAUUACACCAGGCCAAUGCCCGACAUCGAGACCCUCAUGCAGGAAUGGUCACCGGAAUUUGAGGAGCUCUUGGGAAAGGUGGGCCUCCCGACUGCGGAGAUGAACUGCGACCUGGCUGAAUACAUCGACAUGAUAUGUGCCAUUCUGGACAUCCCCGUGUACAAGAGUCGGAUCCAGCCUCUGCAUGUCCUCUUCUCCCUCUACUCGGAGUUCAAGAACUCGCAGCAUUUCAAACCCCUGGCUGACGGGAAGAAGGGCAGGAGCCCGCCAUCCAACCCACCUUCACAAGCGGCAGACGCGGAAGUGUUAAGCUUUACUUGAAGCUCCAUGUUAAACUCUCAUCUCCUGGAUCAAUGUCUGCCGCUGGACAUCGAGAUUUGACUAAAGCAG